CCCUGAACUUAGUCGCGCGCGGUGAACGUUCCGUCCUACUGUCGAAUCUUCGCGCGCGUCUCGUCGAGAGUGACAGUUCGAAAACUUCUUUUACACGGAAGACAAAUGCUAUCGUUCGACUCAUAAAUAUCGUUACAUUGUCAUUAAAUUAAUGAAAUGCGAACAACUUUUGCGAGUACUUCAAGAAAACAUUGUGUUCUCAUUACUGAUUCAAUAAAUAUCGUAGCAAUCUCGAGUGAAAUGCAUUCGCGUGGAGGCUAAACAGCGGUGACUCGUUGCGUUGGAACGACACGGACUUCACGGUAUACCGUCCAGUCACGUGGCUUCGAGAAUAAAACACGAAGUAUAAUAUCAACGGUAUGUCGCGAUGUCAACAACCGGACAGGCAAAACAGUGCCUAAACGUGACAUUGGUGCGUGCCUGGUGUGAUAAAAGACGACGAACAUUGUUUACAGUGUCUUAUGUCAUGAUUGGUCUAGCAAUUUAUUGUUCCAUUAAAACGUUCCAUGAAAAGUGACAAAGAACCAUAAAUACAAUAAUAUUAACAAGGAUUUUCACAAGUAAUAUCAUAUUCUUAUAUGUGUUGUAUAUAUAUAUUACAUAUAGAUAUCGAACAAGAAUUCAAUGAAACAAUUGUGCGAUCGACGCGAAGCAUGGUGUAUUGUUGAAAAUUAAUCGGCACUAGUGUGAUUAUCGGACAAAAGCAAGCGUGGUACAGAAGUGUUGACGCGCGAAUAUAUUCCAAAUGCGUCUUGACCGGAAGUUGAGGAUCGUCGCAUUGGCAGGGUGGCAGAGGAUGCCCGGCUCGAGGGCAGCGGCGGGAGACGAGGUUGUAGCAGUAGCAGUAGCGUGCGUCAGGCGCUUCGGUAGCAGAGGUUCUCACUGAGCUGGCUUACCCUGCGGUGGAUUUAGGGGGCUGUAUGGAGGCCGGGGGGCUCCUGCCCCGCCAGCCCCCGCAAGGCCCCCCCGGCACCGCGCCNNGCCCGAUUUCGGUCUGCGUGGGCCAGGCUCCUAAUACUAAUACUAAUAACAACAACGUAAACAACCUGCAGAAUAGUGUCCUAGCUCAAUCAGCCGGGAUUCACGAUCUAAACGCGGCUGGCCAGUUGAACGUAACCAGUCAACAGCUGCAAUUGCAGCAACAAAUGGGUCAAGCACCUGGCAUGGGUGAGGUACUCACCCCCAAGAGGCAGGCGGUCGUCGAUCGUCUAAGAAGAAGGAUAGAAAGUUAUCGACGUAGACAAACCGAUUGUAUACCAAGAUUCGAUCAAAGCUUCAACGGUCUAUGCGAACAAAAUAUUCAAGACACAUUAGUGCUGAAGCAACGUUUUCUCGAAAGUAAGGCAAAACGGCAGGCCAAGAAAACGGACAAGAAGCAAAGCGAGCCGGUCGGUCUCUCCAGCGUUCACGUGCAGCAAAAAUUCGUGAAGAGGACGGCCGAGGAGUUGGAGCCAGCCGGCGGUGGUAGCGGAGACGGUGGCUUCGGCGAGCCCCCCGUGAAGCUGCAAUGCACGCAGGCACAGCAUCAGCACCAGCAGGGGCCGGGGGGCGGCGGCGGGGGCGGACCCCACCACGGGCACGGCCAGCACCCGGCCGGGANGACGGCCGCGUUCCAGGGGCAGCAGGCGAACGACAUGUUCGUAGGAUCUCAAACGCAGUUCGCCGCCGGCCUGGCGGACAUGAAGAGACCGCAGCCGAGCAGCGGUGGGAAGCCGAGCAUGCUCGGGCCGAGCGCCGGUUACAAGCAGCAGUAUUCGCCGUACGGUAGCCCGGGAUCGAUGCCGAAUCACGGCAGCCCUGGUUAUCCGCUUCCGCCUAGGGGAUCCCAGGGCGGCGGACCCAAUCAGACCGGAUCCCAGGGAUCCUUCACCAGCUCCACGCCGCCGAGGCCUCCCUCGGGACCCGGCACAUCCACUUUGCAAAUCAACCAGGCGCAGCAGUUACAUAUUAACAAUCCCGGCCAUCAGAUUCAGGUGUCCGCGGGCCAGCACAUGCAGCUAACAGGCGACCUGAAACCGGGGGUGUCGGUGGCGGCCCAGCAAGGCAUGUACUUCAGCCAGCAGCAAACGCAAAAUCAAUCGGCCGGUCAAACGGACACCUACUGCUCGGUGUCGCAGUCCCAGACCAUCAACUUCACUCAGCAGAGCCUGAGACAGAGGGCCGCGGCCGCCGCUGCGGGCGGCGUCCCCCAACCUGCCGGCGCUGCGCCGGCACGCACCCAUCCCCAGCAAGUGCAGCCGAAUCAGGUGGAUCAACAUCAGCACGCGAAAAUUCUUCAACAGCAGCAGCUGAUGCGCGCCCAACAGGUGAUGCAACAACAACAACACAUGGCCGGAGGAAUGGGUGGCGUGAGACCGCCACCACCCGAAUACAAAGCGGCUCAGGCCCAAAUGAUGCACGCUGGUAUCGGUAUGGCUCAACAAGCUAGGUUUCCCAAUACCGGGCCUAUGCGCAGGGUUACGCAACAACCUAUGCCACCUUCAGGUCCGAUGAUGAGGCCGCAAAUGGCGCAGCAACAACAACAGGCAUUGCACGCUGCCGGUGGCAAUAUGUACAUGGGCGGUGGUAGUAUGGCCGCGAUUGGCGGCAUGCAUCAAAUGCAUCAGCGUCUUGGAUAUCCUAGGACCAACAAUCAACGGCCGCCUAACGUCAGCGUUGGCCCGCCCGAUGGCCUUGGGAAUAGCAUCGCUGGCCGUGGCGCGCAGCAGGAGUGGCGACACGUUCUCAUGCAGCAGCAGGGCUUUCAGGCGCAAAUGCGAUCGCAAUUUAAUCAGCAAGGUCACCAAGGUGGAUUCGGUAUGGGUGGCACGGGUGGCAUGCAGAUGAACGCCGCACAAAUGCAGCAUCAACAGUUGAUUCGCUCGCAGAGUGGAGGUAUCGCCGGCUCCGGUAUGGCCAACAGCACUCAGAUGCAGCAGCUACUGUCGCAGCAACACCAGCAGCAGACAUUAGCCAUGCAGCAGAGUAAUAAUCAGAUGUCACUGCAGAUGCAAAUGUCGCAGUCCUCAUCAGUCAACUCUGUCAGCAGUACUGGAACUGGUUCCCCUCUACACCCGCAUCAACAAUACGGCGCUGGCAGUCCAGGAGUGCGCAGUUUGCCACAACAGCAACAGCAGCAUGCGCAACCGCCAGUCACUACUACCACGGAUCCAUCCGUAACCGCGGCGGACUUUAGCCUCGAAUUUCUAGAGAAUCUUCCGACCGGAGACACGUCGAACUUCAGCGCUCAGGAACUGCUGAAUUCCCUUGACUCCACGGGGGGCUUCAACCUCGAUAUUCUGUAAGACCACGCCUAUCGCGGUCUAUUCGGAAAAUCGGAUUUUUAUUCACUCAAAGACCGGUUUAAAACGUAAAAAAGAAAAAAAGGAAAAAAAAGUGAAAAUGAAAUAACAACGAUAAUUCGUUCACGCUUUAGGAUCGAUCACCCCUUCGAAAACAGAUACAACGUCCAUAAACAGACUCGCCUCGUAUCAGUGCAGCUAUAAUCUUCGUCGCGUGCUGUGCCGAUGAUUCGAUUAACAGUUCCUCGAGAUCGAUGAAUAACGAUGGGACGUAAUCGUCGCGUUGAAAGGAAGAAAAAAAUAAAUAAUAGUAAAGGUUAGCAAACUCGCCGAUUCGUGGAAUCUGAUCGUGUCAUUUCUUACUUUCUAUAGUAAGAAAGGAAUUAUAAGAGCCGCGGUGAAUGGACUAUAAAUUAGUCGAAAGUAAACCAAAUGAAGUGAAGGGGCAACGAGAAUAAGAUUAUUGAUUUCCGUGUUGUGACGAACACUCGAACCGCGACGAUCACGUUUCCCUGAAACGCGCGUCCUAAUGAUCCGUUCAUCGAUUGACUAUAACUUCAAACGCACGGGGUGAUUUGAUCUAGUCGAAUCGGAAAAAAUGUCAAUCUCGCGUAUGAUAGUGGUGUAUAUGAUACUAUACAUAUGUAUAGUAAAUUUCUUCGGUUGUUCGGCUUAUAGAUGCUAAAGCGAGAUGAGCGAGUUUAAAAAUUCGUCCGUCAGAUGGCAUCCGAUUCGACGUCGCGUGCAUGGAAACCGGUCAUAGUGUAUUUUCGGCAGCUAACCUUCCGGCUGGCGAUUAUUCUUCUAGGCAAUCACUUUUAGUAAAAUUUUAUUUCUUAAAUAAUAACGCGAAGAAGCAACAGAGACAAGAGGUAAAUAGAGCAAGAUAAAACCAGUGGACGGUCGACAGCGUGGGAAAUCAAGAGGGAUCCGUAAUAUUCGUUUCGUUGCUCCGCGAACGUUUCAUAUUAUGACACAUUUAGUCGCCGUGUAUUCGAUCAUUCGUAUAUAUUUUAUUUCGUUCCUCACCGUAUUUUCUUUUAGUUAAAACGGUCGUUCCAGAAUGAGGAUCGAUCGAUCUUUCUCUCUCGAGUGCACGCGUCGACGACGCUACACGAUGACUUCGACGCGCACUCCACGCGAAACGACCAAUGAUAAAAUAAAAUUUUUUUCUCUUGAUUUUUCAUGUAACGAUACGCGAUCGAGAAUUAUCAACAGUUAAACAGACAAAAGAAAUCACUCUGUUAAUCGUCUAUUCAUGAUCGAUCAUUUUGUAAUUUUUAGUUACACAAUAACCAGUAAUUAGUUCCAUUCUUUGGAUUAACGAUUGAAAAGACUUUUGGCCGCUGGUUUUCUCGAGCAAAUCGGCAUUCGACCGUCGCUGAAUUUCAAUUUACGGUUAAUUACAUUAUUACGGUAAUGAUAAUUGCUAGAACUAGUAGCGUAUUUAAACGAAUGAUACCGCGAAUGACGUCGCGUAUUCUACAAUUAACAGAAAGUCAAUUAUGAGAUAUAUUAUUCGAUUUCACGAUGAAUUCAUCGUUGCCUGCGACGACGGGCUAAUGUUUCGGUCCGAUCGAUCGGUCCACGUCUCGCAGGGUUCGCAUCGCGUUUGAUAAUGAGAAGAAAAAGAGACGGAGCGAGUUAGAAUGGAAGAGAAAGAGAGAAUGAAGAAAUCUUUCCUAAGAACGCAGUGUUAGUGUUGCUACAGAAUAAAUUACAAUCUUGACUGUACAUAAAAACAUAUACAGCUACGUAAACGCAACAUAUACACAUACACACAUACACAGAUACAUGUAAGAGUUAGAAGAAAAUUGAGGACGAUAAGUUCGCAAACUUUAGCCGAUUAAAAUAUAAGAGCCCUACGAUAUAGGUGAAUAUAUUAUAUAUUACAUAUAUUAUAUAUGUAUAUAUAAUAUAUGAAUAUAAACAAAUAUAAUGAGAUAAUAGUAAUUGAUGAUGAUGGUAUGUGAGUUAAGAGCGAAUGAGGGGGAGAGAAAGAAAAGAAAAAUAAAAAGUUAGAAAAAGAUAGAAAGUUUGAAGAAACGAAAGAAAGGUGAAUAUUAGUGAAAAAGUGAGACGAAUGAAUCGAAGAGAAAGAAUGAGAUGUCAUGUGAAUAGUGUAUAUGUGUUCGCGCGGCGAUAAAGCACAUUUCCUCAAUUCGAGCAUAUUUAUUGAGUUUUAGUUCCACAGAAUGUGCUGUGUCGCCGAAUUCAAGUUGCACAUGAAAUAAUCACGGUCAGCUACGACCACCGUUCUUGGUACGAUGAACCGAAUGCUCUCUUCGCGAAUUUCCCGUUUCUUUUCGGCUCACGUCUCUGCAUACGCGGAGAAGUUAUUACAAGACAACAUUAAUAUUUAUUGUUCAAUAUAAUUUUAUUAUUUUUAAGUCGAAAUUCUUACGAAAAAAAUAUCGAGAAAAUAAUUCAUGAGAUACAUUGAGCUACAGUUCAUCGUGAUCAGAUGGCGGGGAUUCGUGACUAAUCUUCCAAAUAGUGAUACAUUCCAUAGAUAAAGGAAAUUGAAUAGAAGUUCACAGUUCGUCUAAUCAAAACUAUUGUUUCUAAAAAAAAAAAAAAGA